GCGCUCCGAGAGGAUGUGGAGAACGAGGUGGAGGGAGAGGAAGGGGGGGUGCCCUUGUGCCUUAAUUUUAUGAUAUUUUUCUCCAAGAAUUUGGUUUGAUUUUGCGGUUCUCGUUUCGGAGCGCUGGUCGCCAUAGACGCUAGGGGGGUUAUCUCCUAAUGGAUAUAAAGUGUGAUAGCUUCUGGGGUGUUUGGUAAUCUCGGAGGAAUAUCAGAAUAGUUCUCAUUAUUCUAGUGAUGGCAGGUGUUUCUGAGAGCCAGGUCCGGUAUUACAAAGCAGUUUUUGCUGAGCAUAGUACGGUGAUAGAGGACGUAAGGCGCUAGUUCUUCCCAGCAGGAGAAUUUUUAUUCCUCACUCUUAGGGAAUCGACCUGUCCUCUCACCUCUUUUCCUCUAACAACGGAGACAAAGGUGUUAUCAUGGUUGGGAGGAGCAGGGAUUGCCGGAGAAUAGUUUGCCCGUUGCCCACCGGAGCCAGAGUCAACUCAGGCACGACUUCACAAUGACCGAAUUGUCGCUCCACCCUACCGCGCAAACAUCACGUCAUGCCUGUAUGCCAUAGCAGCGGGAAAUCACCACCACCACCACCAAAUACGUAUCCAGAAUAUAUAAAACCACAAUCAGCGCUUGUCCUGUCCCGUCAAUCGAUGCAACCCCGCCGAAACCCAGCCCCCGCCCACCAUGGCACUGUUCGAAAAAUCUACCCCAACAAACGAACCAAUCCCAACCGUAACUCGCCAAUGGAUCCUCUACCAAUACCCCCAAAGAUCCCACCCCAUCUCAGGUUCCUUCAAACUAACCCAAAGGCCGCUCUGCCCCUCCACCCCUACUGCCAACACCCCUUCGACUCGCCAAGGAGCCCACAAACCCGCCAACAAGAUUCUACUAAGAACCCUCUGGUUCUCGAACGACCCCGCGCAGCGCGCACGGAUCAACAACGCGAGCACGGACCGGCUGUACACCGAUUUCAUGAGGGAGGGAGACGUGAUGAGCGCGACGGCGAUAGGGGAAGUAAUCGAGAGUUCCCAUCCGGAGUAUAGAAAGGGAGAUCUAGUCCGCGGGGCAUUCGGGUGGAGCGAGUAUGUCCUCGCCGACACGGACUCGUCCCACGACUGGCAAUUGAUGAAGAUCCCGCCCAAGACUAAUCCCGCGGACUUCAUGGCUAUGGGCGGCACCGCCCUCACCGCGUACUUCGGCCUCCUGAGUGUUGGCGCUGCCACCUCCGCCGACAAGACCAUCGUUGUAUCCGCUGCCGCUGCCGCUGUUGGCUCAAUUGUGACUCAGAUAGCAAAGAACGUCCUUGGCGUCAAAAGGGUCAUUGGGAUCGGCAGCAGUGAAGAGCAGUGCAACGUCAUUAAGGAAAAGUGCAGUGCCGAUAUCGCGCUGAAUUAUAAGAGUCCAAAUUUCCGUCGGGAGUUCGAGGAGGCGACGCCAGAGUAUGUGGAUAUCUAUUUUGACAUUACGGGUGGUGAAGCGCUGGAGUUGAGUUUGAGGAGGAUCGCGAGGAACGGGAGGGUCGUCGCUUGUGGGGCAAUCUUCCGGUAUGAUUCUAGCGGGGAGGAAAUGAUUGUUAGUGCUAAGGCUUGGACGAAUAUUGUCUGUUUCUCCUUUUCUUUUUCUUCCCGCCCCCUGGGGUGAGUGGCUGCUGACGGUGGUGACGGUGUCUAGAUAUUUAUGAAGGCUCGAGUGGAAGGUUUUACUAUCUCGGAGUUUAAGCAUAGGUUCCCAGAAGCGCGGGAGCAGGUAUUCCGGUGGGUGAGGCAGGGCAAGAUUCACCCCCUAAAGACAGUCUGGAGGGCAAAAUUCGAAGAGCUGCCCCAAGGAAUGGUCAAAUUGCUGAAGGGAGAGCAUGUUGGAAAGUUAGUUACGGAGAUCAUCACGGAGUAGCUUUGGAGAAUUCUAGGAAGGAAACAGAACCCAUAUGUGACAUUUAACUAUCCGUCUCUGUAUCAUAUCAUAUCAUAACGUCUCACUCGUUGAG